AUGGUGAAGCGAGCAGGAAAGCAGAAAGAGGAGAAAUCCUCGGAAGUCCCCGAGGCCCCCGUCUGCAGUGCCUCGGGAGACGUAGACGCCCUCAACGGCCACGGCAGUGACGACGGGACAGGGAGCCGCGGUGGAGCCGCCAAGGCCAACCUCUCGAAAGGCGCUUUGCUCUCUUCUCGCCAGUCGAGUUCCGAGGCUGGCUGCCCUAGCUCGAGAACGACAGUGGGGAGUGGCGGAGCGCACCCCGCUGCCGGGCACACGAAGGUCCACAGUGCGAACGCUGCGCCGGCGGGGGGGACUGGAAGGCCAGUGAAGAAGCAGCGAAAGACUGAGUCGUCUUCUCCUCAUAGCGGCACACUUUCUCCGAGAGUGUCUCCGGUGCGCGACCCGAAGCCGGGCGAAGGCUCCGCCGUCUCCCCCGCCUCAGCUUUGCCUCCUCUCCCCUGCUGGGCGAAGCAGCAGAGACAAGCGCUCGAGGCUCUUACCGACGAGUUCUACGCUCGGCACCGACUUUACCUGCGUGUUUGGCCUGUUACAGCCUCGGAAGAAGGCACAGCCCCGCAUAAGAAGAAAGUGGACGAGGGGACAGAGGAUGAAGCCACCAAGCUGAGGCAAGAGCAACUGAUGAACAUGCGCGUAAUGCUCCACGACCGUGUGGCGGAGAACCUCUCCUUUACGCGCACUCAGUACAACAGUCCGACGCAGCCGCCGAGAAACCGGUGUCUGCCGGCUUUCUUGAGACCCCGCGCGUACAGAUGCUUAAAUCGGACAGGCGCAGAGACAAGUUCUUCGGCGACGCCUCCGGCCACCGAGGCCCACGACGCCGCGGACACCCCCGCGGAGGGCGAGCACGUGUCGCAGGAGGACAGCGCGGGCCUCGGGAGGACAGACGCCGCGACGCGCACCGGAGGCUCUGCCGGAGACACCGAACCGCUAGAGGCGAGCGGAGAAGACAAGAUCAACGAGCUCCAAAAGUCGCUUCUUGCUGACGGCUUCACAGGCUGCUGGGUGCUUCUUCUCUCUGAGAAAUACGUCCCGCCUACAGAGGAGCCUGGUCCGGCCCAGGAGAACAGGGUACCCGAGAGGACCGCAGAGACAGAGCCGGCCUCGAGGAAUGGCUCUCGCGAGGGACAUGAGGCCGCGUCUGAGGAGACGAAGGCGACUGGCGACUCGAGCCACGUGUCAGGAGCGGCCGCGACGAAUGGAAGCGAGGCUAACAGCUGUGCUUCACACGAGGCCUCUCCGCAGACGCCUCGCGUGCGGCGCGUGAUUGUGUGUGGUGCGUUGAUCGAAGUCUAUUCGAACAACGAGCGGCAAAUCUCUGCUCUCUGGUGUCUCCCGUGCUUGUCCGCCGAGUCGACGCGCGUGCUUCUCCAAGCCUUUCUUCCGCGCCUCGUCAUCGAGGCUCUGAAACUGCCCGACAUCCUCCCGCCUCCGCUGGCAAAGGCGGAGCCGAAGCGUCCAAAGAAGAGACAGAAGGCGGGGAAGCACGAGAACGGGUCUCCAGAGAGUGAGCUCGACGCCGUCGCGGCGAGUUUGAGCCUCCUCGCGACCGAAAUCGAGGAAACCUUCCCUCCCGCGCCGAUGAAGAGCGUCUACGCUGUAUGUGAAGACACCCUCCUGUGGCCGCGCCAGGCGCUCUUCUUGCUCGCCUCGCCGUCAAAAAUGGAUUUCCUGCGCCACGUCGAACCCCUGCAACCGGCGGAACCCGCCGGCGGAGCGGAGCCCGCGGGAGAAGAGCAGCCUCAGCUGCACGUCGACGGAGGCCUGGGCCCCCAGUGGCGCGAGUGCAACUGCAGGCGCCGAUUCCUCCCACAGAAACAGAGCGGCGUGGCCCGGAGCAGGGACGAGGGGACGGAGACGGCGGCGAGCAGUCGUAGCAGUCCUCCGCAGUCCCCGACUUGCGCCACUGCUGUGGGGCAAGGGACGGAAAGCGCGUUUCUCCGCUUCUUCUCGGUGAGCGAGCUCUGGGCUGCGCGUCUGAUGCCUCCCAAGGAGGCUCGCGGGCGCCUGGACGCUGAGGAGACAGCGAGGCGGAAGGCUGAAGACUCCAGAAGCGAUUCGCCAGAGACUGGGAACGGGCGAGAGUCGCCUGGAGGAGGGCUGAGGGGGAAGGCCUCGGGAAAGACAAAGGGAAAGCACAAGAACACGAGCGUGUGGCCUAUCGCUUCAGACGGCUGGUCGAGCUUGGUACCCAGAGAAACAUGUGAGCGGUUGAUAGAGGAAAUCUACGGAGGCAUGCCCUAUCUUCGGCAGUACUUUGAUGAAGACCCUGCGGAGACCAAUGUUGCUGAAGACGAAAUGUGCGGCCUCACUGAAGACGAGUGCCGCACAAUCCUGCAGUGGUGA